UCCCCAUUAAAAAUCAUUUGUUUAUAAAUCGUGCGGGUAUUCAGACGUGAUUUUGUGCAUUUUGCAAUUGCCACUUGCUCCAUUGUUGUUCUGUUGGUCGUUGUAUUGGCGUCGGAAAUUUAAACACAAGAUAAAAUAAAAUUAAGGAAAGAAACUUACGCGAGUGCUUGAAUGAAAUUUAUUAGUGUGUUUUUUAUAGAAUUUAGCAAUAAAAGCAUAAAUCUGCAUGAAAAGUAAACAAAUUUGCGAAAUUCGUUUGCAAUUCGCAUCGGUGUUUGGCUCCAAAGACGUCGGCGUCGUCGCUGUUUCGGGGGAGCAGCUGGAGUUCAUGUGAAUGUGACAUUUAUUAUAAAUCACAAGAAAGAAGAAUAACAAAAAAAAAUAGAAUUCAUUCAGAUUUGUUUGUUGGUUGGCUCCAUUCGGUUUGUUUGGUGUAGUAAUUGCUUGGCUGAUAGUUCGUGGUAGCUUCGUCGUCGUCGUCUUUGUGGUGGUGUUGGUGGCUAGAAGCUGUGGCAACAGAAAGCCAAGGCAGGAGCGACCGAGUACUACAUAUAGUUGAAUGGCUAAUCAGUCAAUACAUGAAUGGUGGACGCACCUUGUGAAUAAUUUCAGCUACAUUUGCACAUUGUGAGUGCUGGUGCAGCAGCUGCAGAGGCACCACCUAUGGCUGAGAGGCGAGGGAUUUUAUUCUGUGAGAACCCAAUCUAUUGCCACAUCGUAUUGGAGAUAUAAUAAUUUUCCUCAACAACAACAACAACAACAUCGUAACCAACUCCUGGCCCCUUAUCCAUGGUAAAGCUUUAGUUUUGGGGGCGGCAAUGAUAACUAUGGAUACACAUUCCAAAUAAACAAAACCAACAAGAGCUGUGCAAAAAUAUAAAACUAUAGGAGAUUUUCAUUACUUUGUUUAUAGAAUCUUAGUUCUACUAACAGACCACAGACCACACCACCCAAAAAACUCACACUCACGUACUCAUCAUACUCCAUAGAUAUGUGCCAAUAUCUUUUUAGCCUGCCUCAAAAAGAAUGUCCAAGCUGCCAUUGCUGUCAGCAGCGUCCACAAAUUCUUAGCCAUGACGACGCUGAUGUUACCAAUAACAAACAACGACAACUUCUACGGAGCAGUAGCAGCCUACGUCCAAACACAAAUCUGCGCCAACCACUUGGCAAUACCACCUUAGCAGCACUGAUGGGCUGUAGUGGUGGUGUUGGCGGCAGCGGCCUUCUUAGGUCCAGUUCUCUGAUGCUAUUAUUCAUCUUCAGUUUGUUUGUGGUGUUGAUUGAAGCAAAUACCAUUCAUCCGGCCGAACCACACAAUUGUCAACAUUUUCAUCCCAAAGCUCAUGAGGUCAUUCAUGGUGUACAAAUUGAGACAGUAGAAACUCCAGUCGAUGAUUUACAAAAUCUGGAGGAAGAUGUUGCCAAGCAGGAGGCAUCGAUGGCGACGACAACCAAAACACAGCAACACCGUUCAAGAAGUAAACGAAGUGUGGAGGUGCGGCCCCUGCGAAUAUCACUUAUCUAUGACAAUUCCGUUCUGGGGCUCGAUACGGACAAGUUUAUUUUGAUUAAUAACACUGUGCUUCCUGAAGCUAUGGAAUUUUGGGAACAGGCGUUAAUGGUGCGGCAAACAAAAGGUCCAAUACGUUUAAACAGAAAAUGCAACAACACACGAGUCUAUGUGAAAAAUGGCCUAACACAUUGCAUAGAUAAUUGCAGUCCGGUGACCAUGUGCGGGGAAGUUCAAGUACCCGAAAAUCACUUAGAUGUUUGUCGCAUUUGCAAUGCCACUGGACAAAAUUGUCGUGUCGAUGAUUCAAUUCAAGCCGGUGAGGGCAUUGAAAAUGCCGAUUUUGUCUUUUAUGUAUCGGCAAGGCAAACGGAUCGUUGCCACAAGGGUUUGACGGUGGCCUAUGCGGCCCAUUGUCAACAGGAGGCUACACUGGAUCGGCCCAUAGCCGGUCAUGCCAAUCUCUGUCCGGACAGUAUUAGUACAAAACCUCAGGAAUUACACACAUUGAUAUCAACCGUCAAACAUGAAAUUCUACAUGCUUUGGCAUUCUCCGUCAGUUUGUUUGCAUUUUUUCGCGAUGACGAGGGAAAUCCCAGGACUCCACGAAAUCCCGAUACAGGCAAACCACAUAUGCAUGAAAUCCUUCAAAUCCAUCAGUGGAGCAAUGAGACUAUACGCAAGGUAACACGAGAAAAUUGGUCGGUGCGUGGUGGUCAUGUAACACGAGAAAUCGAUAUGGUUGUGACGCCACGAGUUGUGGCUGAAGUGCGCAAACAUUUUGACUGUGACCAGCUGGAGGGAGCCGAGUUGGAGGAUCAGGGCGGAGAGGGUACAGCAUUAACUCACUGGGAGAAACGUAUACUGGAGAAUGAGGCCAUGACUGGUACCCAUACCCAAUCCCCUGUAUUCUCACGCAUAACUUUAGCACUGAUGGAAGAUUCAGGAUGGUUUCGUGCCAAUUACAGCAUGGCAAGUCCACUCUCAUGGGGACGUGGUUUGGGUUGUAAUUUUGUUAUGCGCAGCUGUAAAGAUUGGAUACAAUUGAAUAAUGCCAGAGGCCACUCCAUUCAUCCUUUCUGCUCGAAGGUCAAACAGGAUCCUUUACAAACCGAAUGCACCGAUGAUCGAAAUUCUGUUGCUCUAUGUAAUUUGAUAAGACACAAUUUUGUAUUACCGGAACAAUAUCAGAAUUUUGAUAGCAUAGGCAACAUUAAGGAUGGUGAUGAGGUAUACUAUGGAGGAUCCGUUGCCUUGGCAGAUCAUUGUCCCUAUAUUCAGGAGUUUACGUGGCGUAACAAAAAUAUAACAAUAAGAGGAUCCCAUUGUCAUUUUGUGGAGAACAAUCCAUUGGCUGAGAAAAACUACGCUUUGGAAACCUAUGGACAAGGUUCAAAAUGCUUCGAUCAUGGCGAAUCCAUGUGGGAAGAACGCAAUUGUCAUCACACCCGCGAAUGGCAGCAUUGGGGUUCGGGUUGCUAUCGAUACAAUUGCAGCGAUGGUCGCUUACACAUCUAUGUUGGAAAUUAUAGCUAUACCUGUUAUUUUCCUGGACAAAAGCUUUCGAUAAGUAUAUCAGCCAAUAAUUGGCUGCAUAGAGGUGCCCUCAUAUGCCCCCCUUGUGAGGAAAUAUGCGGUGAAUAUUUUGGAGCACGCGACGAAGAAUGUCGCCUAAGGGAGGAGGCGCCGCCCAUAAACAAAUAUCCCCGUGAUUAUCUACAAUGUGGAGCGGCAGGUUUAUAUGCUUUAUUUGGCCAUAGGCCCAUGUAUUUGGCAUUGCUCACAGUGCUGCUGCAUGUGGUGGUGAUGAGGCCGCCGCAUUAUAUAUAAGGCAAGCAUAAUUAGGUAGCUCUUAGGUUUAGUACAAAUGUACAUACGAUUUAGUGUAAGCAAAGAAGGUAGAUAAUUAUAUACCCGUGUAUAUUAUCUGUAUAUGUAUGUAUUGUAUUUAGUGUGAUUAGCUGUGUAACAUUACAUCUAUACUCAAUAUACUCUAUGAAUAGACGAACUAACUAGCAACUACUACUGUGCGCUGUGGGCAUUCAAAAAAAUCUCAAUAGAAAGAAAGUUUACUCGAGUAACAAACAAGAACCAACUAACUCUCUUUGUAUACCUGCCGGAAAUCCGCAAUACCACCACCAGGCCUCCAGGAUUUUUGUUUGUUUGUAUUUUUUGAAGUAAAGUAAUUAUUAAAUUAAAUUCCUAAGUCUAAGUUAAAACAAGAAAUGUGUGUAUUUUUAGAAUAUGUAUGUAUAUGUAAAUUGUAUGCUGCAGCCAUGUCGCAUACAAAUGAAACCCAAGUAUUUGAUAUUCAUUUUCAGGCAGCUAUUUGAUGACUGUCUUUUUUUUUUUGUUGUUGUCGGUAUAACCAUCGCAGUCCCUCCAAUGUCCAAUUGACCUUACCUAACAUUCCGUUCUAUUCUAUAGUUUUCUGCAAUAUCUACAAAACAACAUUCCUUUAAGACUUACUUUUGAAGCGUUUUAGCACGCCCAAAAAUAUCUCAUGUAAUACUACAAUACUUUUAUAUGCAUGUAUUUAUAUAAUUAUUACAUAUAAAUGAAGAAGAACACAAUCUUUGUAUGUGUACAAUACAUUUUUUAUGUUGCAAUAAUUGGAAGCCCCACACACACACAUUUGUACAUAUGUAUGUGCUGGGGUGAAUUUUGAAUUUUACGAAAUAUGUAUGUAUUUGUUAAAUAAGAUUGCUUAUGUGUAUGGGUAUGUGUAUAUGAUGAAUGUAUGAUAUUUUGAGAUGAGAGUAUACAAAUAAAACCAAGGACUUUUAA